CAAAAAUCGUCUUGCACCUUCAUAUACGUCAAAACUGCAACGAAAAUAGAGCAUCAUGGCAAAAUCCAGAUCUUCGAGAGCUUCACCGCGAUCCGGUGGAAGCAAGCGGGGGGGAACUGCACCCGCUGCUACUGUGCGUGCAGCUUCUCAGCGUCCGCCUGGAAGCGCGCGCAAGAUGAGAAAGCAAGCAGAAAAGGCUGCAAUGGCGGAGCAGGAAGAUGAAGAUCAUGAGCGUCGUUCUGCGUCUCCAGGCGCGAUGAAACAACCUGUGACGACCGCCACGCCACACAAACGGCAAGUGCGAGGAGCAGGGGCGGCGAAGGCAAAAAAUC